CUUCAUUUCCCAUGAGCAGCAGGGGCUCAACCCGGAAGUGGAGGAUUGUUGUGUGUUUUUAGUGCUGCUGCUGGAAUCAUUCACUGUGCUGUGUAUAGGAGGUCAUGUGAAGAUUUGGCAUAGCGUGGAGCAAAUGGCAACGUGGAUCCACAUAGGAUUGUGAAGUGCCUGCCUAGUCUGCAUUUGCAGGAUAUCGGUGAUGUGACCAGAAAUGAAUUCUGGUAUAGGCCUAAAGCCACCCACAUCCCUUCAAAUUACCAGUAGAAGACUUUCUUCAAGAGCUGAUAGUGUGAAAAAUGUCUGCGUCCUUGUCACCAGAAAGACUUUGGGCUCCUUCCCAAAGGGUGCCUACAAUAACCACAGGAUUAAUAUGAACAUUUUAAGAAAAAUUGUAUGUCAGAAAACCACACAGUUUCGCAAAGUUUGGACAAAACAUUCAAAGUCUGCUAUCAACUAUGUCAAUGGAAGAAUUUACUUUGCCAACUUUGGGUGCUGUUUCAGCAGUAUUUCUUCAAAACCACAGCAACUGUAUGAAAUGCCCAGAUGUCUAAAAUCAGAAAAGAUUGAAGAUGCAAUGUUAUGUGAAGGUGCAUUGGGGGAGGCUCUUCCUCAGCCAUCGGACUAUACCUCCUCGUUGCUUGCCAUAACUGGUCACAACUGGCUGUUGCGUAUUGCUGCUGACACUGGGGAGACAUUGCAGAAGGUCUACCUCGGGUCAUACAGAAAAUUCAGGUAUGUUACCUGGGAUGUUCCACAGGAGACUCUAGUGGUCAAAUCUAUCCAAAAGAGUGCUGUAUCUGAAAACCAACAGAGCACAGUGCUGUUUUAUUUUGCAAUUUUCAAUGUUUUUCCUCUGAAAUUAGUAGGCGUAAUGGAGAUUGAUAAAAAAGUGUUUGGCUCGAAUGUAGCUGAUGCCAUGAUUUCUAAUGGGAUGCUGAUUGUAAUGCACAGUGCUGGACUUGUCCGCCUCUACAGCUUUGAGAGAAUAGCUGAACAGUAUAUGCAGCAGAUGUGUGUCUUGGGGGAGACAUGCACUUGGAAAGGUGAAGAUGGCACCGUUGGAGACUUUCCAUUUGGCGUUCCUUGUAACAUCACAUUGACAGAAAGACCUCCAAUUCUCUUUGAAGUACCUUGCCUAGAAAAUGCUUUCCAGGUGGGUGGCUAUCCCUGGCAUUAUAUAAUUACACCCAACAAGAAAACACAGAAAGGAAUCUAUCACAUCUGCUCCUUGGAUGAUCACAUCCUUGCAAAGAAUGGCAUACGUGACCUGAAAUACUGUUCGCUGGAACCAGAUUGGAUUCACUUCCAUCCAGAUGCAUCUGAAAGAAUAAUCCAUGUUGGACCGGAUCAGAUUAGUGUUUUACGGCUUAAGGAGCUGGAAAAUGAUUCAUGCCAAUAUGGUGUCAUAGAAGAAUUCAACAUUCUAGCCAUUCGAGACCGUACGUUGAACAAAAAGGUUACCGUGACUGCAUCUGGGAGGUUGGUGAAAAGGCGUUAUGAUCAGCUGGAUGAUGAUCCAGAACAAGAGACAUUCGAGGCUGUAGUAUAUGAAGAUGAGCUGGACUUGCUGACGGCGGUGGCUGUGACCCAAACAGACUCUGAAGGAAGAGCACAUGUUAAUCUACACUGCAAUGAAACGGGCAGAGUACUGAAGAAGAUCAUACUCCAAGAAUCCUGGGAUGUGACUCACAGCCACGCCUUGGUGUUUGAUCGUGACACUCUAAUACACAUAGAGGAAAGACCCAACCACAACUUUUCAUGCUAUGUUUACAAAAUGCAAUGCAACUUGGAGGAUUAAUGUCGGAUAUGAAAGACUUUUUAAACGAAUGUGUGAUCAUGUUUGGUUUAGUAUUUCGGUUCAUAAAAGCAAUAAAUGUAUAUUUUUGGACAGCCAAGUUUUAUCAUUGAAAUCCUUUAUUUUUGUUCUUAAAAUCUUCAGGGUGAUGACUUUAGAGUACUAACUGUAAAUACCAAAUAUGCUUUCUGCAAUAAUAAAAAGUAUACUCCAGUCA